AUGACAUACAGCAAGCGGAAUAUGUACCUCGACUUGAUUCUUCGGCACCCACUACUCGAUGUCAAUCUUCAGGAUCGGGAGGGCAUCCCAUUGAUUCAAGCUGCUUUGGAAGUAGGGGAUGCAGAAGCUGCACGAAUACUGAUCGACAGAGGCGCCGAUCUCCGUUGCAGGGACGAUUCCGGUAGAAACAUCCUCCAUCUUGUAUCUGCCGACGAUUUCGGAAUCGACCUCGUUAAGCAUAUCAUCGCCUUGGCACCAGAUCUCCAAUAUCAGUUUGACAAGAAUGGCAGAACCCCACUUCACUAUGCGAUAUAUUGCCAAAAACCAGGAAACCCAAGAGACGAAGUCAACCUUUUGAUCUCCGCGGGUGUCGACGUUACGGUCAGAGAUGCCAACGGCGAUACACCGCUUCACACCCUCUUCAGAAGGCCGUUUUUUCUCGUUGCAGACUACUACGGUGAUGCGAGCUGGCAGGGCUUUGUCAAGAAUACAAUUGACUUACUGCUCUCGAAGGGAGCAGACAUCAACGCGCGGAACAAAGCCGGGGAAACACCUGCAUUCGGCUACUUCCAUGCGAGCAGUUUCAAGGUUGAUCUUAGCUGGGCGAAGAUGGAUGAAGAGAGGCAUACCCUGUCUAAGAAAUGGGGUGGUGAUAGAUGGAAGGUCGACAAGGAACUUGAAGAGCAAACUGUGGAGGAGACGGAGCCGAGAAUGUGGGCGUUCCUUGAAGAGAUGGGAGUGGAAUGGUCGGUUGUUAAUACCAAGGGUCAGUCUCUGCUUCAUGUUGUUGCUGGCCAAGAACGGUCAUUCAGAAGGGUAGCCAGGUUUCAGUUCUUGAUGGGUAAAGGACUGGAUCCUAUGGCAGAAGACAUGCAAGGUCAAACUGCGCUAGAUAUCGCAGCGCAUGGAAAGGCAGACGACAUAUUGGCAUUGUAUAAAUCUCGGUAG